UGAAGAAACUAGGCGCACUUAUCAGUAAAAUUGUAAACACAGCUAAAGGUUGAGCUGUCCUUCUCAUGCGAUAGCGGACAAACUCUUUCGUUUUCUGUCUGUCGGCAGAGAGAAAGUGAAGAAACCAAGGAUAUAGCACCAGAUUGAUGGAGAAGAAUGGCACGAAUCUCGUUGGACUGCACCAACUCUCUGCCAGGGAUCCCCCUCAGUGUUCUGUCAGUGCCCAUGGAGAAUAAAUACAAAUGUCAGCAGUGUCUCCAGGUCCUGAGGAGGCCUGUCCAGGCACAGUGCGGCCAUCGCUUCUGUGUACACUGUUUCAAGCAGCUCACCAGUUCUGGGCCAAAACCUUGUGAAGCCUGUCGCCAAGAGGAAAUAUAUGAGGAACCCACUUCCAUUCUAAAUAGUAAUGAGGCCUUUCCAGACAAUGCCGCCGGCCGAGAAAUAGCAAGUCUCCCUGCCAGGUGUUUGAACCAGGGCUGUGAUUGGACAGGUUCUAUUAAAGAGUAUGAGGCUCAGCAUGAAGGUCGCUGUGAAUUUGAGCGAAUGCAGUGCGAGGCCUGCCAAGCCUCCAUCCUGAUCACGGAGAAGAACAAACACAAUGAGAGAGAAUGUGAAGCAAGAACGCUCAACUGCAAAUACUGCAAAAUUACCUUCAACUUUAAAGACAUCAAGGCCCAUGAUGAGAUCUGUCUGAAGUUUCCCUUACAAUGCAAGGACUGUGGCAAGAAGAAGAUCCCAAGAGAAAAGUUCAAUGACCACAGCAAAUCCUGUGCCAAGUCCAAGAGUGCCUGUCCUUUCAGUGACGUGGGCUGUAAAUCUGUGAUAGAGAACGGGAAGCUCAGCGAUCAUGAGCACAGCAGCACCAUGGAGCACCUGCGUCUGCUGCUGCCCAUGGUGCUGUCCUUUGCUCGGACGCGUGCCGAUGCUUCUGGACAGGGAGAGUGGCAGGAGGACUCAGGUCUGGGCCUGUACAGGGCUCCUGAGGAGGGAGUCACUAUGGGCUCUGGAGCUGCAGCCUCCAUGUACUCUGUGAACGUGGAAAAAAAGGUGACCGCUUUAGAGAACAUCUUGUGUGUCCUGAACCGAGAGGUGGAGCGCAGCUCGGUUACAUUGGAGGCUUUUGCACAUCAACAUCGUUUAGACCAGGAAAAAAUUGAAAACCUCUCCAAUAAAGUGCGUCAGCUGGAGCGGACAGUCAACAUGAGAGACUUGCAGCUGUCUGAGACCGACCAGCUGGUGAGGGAACUCCAGUUCUGCACCUUCGACGGGAUCUUUGUGUGGAAAAUCUCUGACUUCUCACGCCGCAGACAGGACGCUGUGGCCGGCCGAACGCCUGCGAUGUUCUCACCAGCCUUUUACUCCAGCAAAUACGGCUACAAAAUGUGUCUGAGGCUGUAUUUGAAUGGCGACGGCACGGGCCGAGGAACACACCUCUCACUUUUCUUUGUCGUCAUGAGAGGAAAGUGUGACGCUCUGCUCAAAUGGCCAUUCAGUCAGAAGGUGACUCUAAUGCUCUUGGAUCAGAACAACAGGGAGCACAUUAUCGAUGCUUUCCGCCCUGACGUCUCCUCCACCUCCUUCCAGAGGCCGAUCAGCGAGAUGAACAUCGCCAGCGGCUGCCCGCUCUUCUGUCCGCUGGCUAAGCUGUCCGGAAAGAGCCCCUAUCUGAGAGAUGAUACAAUCUUUAUCAAAGCUAUUGUAGACCUCACAGGCUUGUAGAGUGUACUGUGGAAGAUACACUUUUUUGGAAUAACCAUUAUACAUAACAUAAUAUGUGGAUAUAAUAUGACAUAAUAUAAUAUCUACACUAUACAUAAAUAAUGCCAUCAGGUGUCACGUUAUGACGGCUGCAGAGAGGGUGUGUAAAAUAAUCACGGUGGUGGAUCUGUAAUGAAUAUAGCUAUCCAUCUUUUGUGAAGCAAUUAAACAGGUUUAUAACAGACAGAGGUACUGCCUUGUCAUACCCAUGCUUUAGAAAAAUUCAGUUAUUUCUUAUGGCAGUUCUUAUAUCACAUAUUUAUUUUAGUAUAAAGCAGACAUCAAUGAGAAGCUCUAAGUUUUAGUAACAUUAAAGAGCUGUUAAGUUAAAUAUCUUUUUCAUGAUGAAUAGAUGUGGAAUCGUCCGUCAUCCUGUUGGCAUUCAAAUAAAAGCUGAUAAUUAUAAAUGAAUAUUUCUGUGAAAUACCUUAUAUAUAAUAUAUAAAUAUAGUAUAUAUUAAUUAUUAUAAUAUUGUAGAAUCCAUUCUGCAUUGUGUGGCUCUUCACAUCCGGACCAAACGUGGCCCAAAUUCCAACAAAAAUACUGAUGGAAGUUUCCCUUUCAGGGUUCACAUCAAAACUAACCUUAACCCUAUUAACAUUUUAAUCCCAAUUAGUGUGACCUCAUAACACACGAGCAAAACUACCAAACGAAAAAGUGAAGUAAAACCUGUUUUUUUUUAAGUUAGAUGAAACAAAAAUAAAAACUAGAACAGCACAGCAUUCUGAAAUAAAGGCUAAAGUACUCUAGUAAAACUCGUGAAUUUACAUAGAAAUUAACAAUUGAACAAGCUUGUCAAGUCAAUCCUAAAAUAAACAAAAUUAUACCUUGAAUUUAUUCAAGGAAAUAAACAAAACAUUCACAGACCGCUGAUACAAGAUUGGAGUUUAUUACAUAGUAAAUAAUAGCAAGUUAAAGUUGUUAAAAAAAAAAAAAAAAGAAAGAAAAAAAAAAGCCUCCGAGCACUAUUUACCAUAGAUCUGAAUACUCUUAGUACUACUUAGUAAUACUAUUAGUACUGUAAUAAUACAAUAAUCACUUUACUCACAUAUAUUAAUUCAGUUAUUGAUUAUAAAUAACUCUUAUUUUACAUUUCUAUUUAUCUCAAUCACCAGAAUUUUCUAUGAACUUGUAACCAUAUUAAACAAACACUUUUCAUGAUUUGAUGUAUUACUAAUGUAUGUAAGUGUUUUAUUGUAGACUGUGCUCCUUCAUUUGGGCACCUUGAUUUAACUUUAACAUCCAUAUUUAGUUUUCAUUCUUUACAAGGAGUUUAAACAUACAGUUUGUAACAGUAACCAAUGUCAUGAACUGAACAUUUAUUGUUGCUUUUGCAUAAUUUGUUUUUCAUUCAGUUGGCGAUGCAUAGUGCAACGAUUAGCUGACUCAUCAGUCGAUCGACAGAAAAAUAAUCGCCUACUUUUUUGAAAAACCUCCACUAAUCAUUAAAGUGAUUUUUUUCAUGUUAAUUGCAGAAAAUGUUGCUUUCAGCCUCUCGACUGUAAGGAUAUCCUGCAUUUCCCUGUUAUAUAUCAUAUUAAACUGAAUAUCUUAAAAAAUAA